CGGGCUGCACCUUCGAGGAGGACGGGGACGAAAACCAGUGCGAGUACAGCCGAGGCGAGGACGAUGACUUCGGCUGGGAGCUCACCCGGAGCUACGUGAUGCCUCCCUCCGCCGCGGACCUUCCUCACGGGGACGAGGUGGAGGGGACGGUCGAGCUGGCACGGACAGCGCAGGUGGCUCGGCAGGAGUUAAAUCACGCUGAUUUAAUCGAGCGCCUGAGGCGAAAUACGAGUUGGGAUUACUUAAGGGAUGUCAAAGUGCUGUUCGAGGCGGUGGUCUCCAGCGAGCGCAGAGGCUAUCUUGGCUUGGAUGACAUUUUGCUCCUGAAUUAUCCGUGCUCGAAAGCUCCUCAUUUCUCCCGCCUGGGUGACGUGGAGGUGAACGCGGGGCAGAAUGCCACCUUCCAGUGCGUGGCCGCCGGGAAGGCCUCCGAGGCGGAGAGGUUCCUCGUGCAGAGGCAGAACGGAGAGGUGGUGCCAGCCGCCUCGGUGAAGCACAUCAGCCACCGGCGCUUCCUGGCCACGUUCCAGCUGGACGAGGUGUCCAAGAGGGAGCAGGACAUGUACCGCUGCGUUACCCAAUCCGUCCGGGGCUCGGGCGUCUCGAACUUCGCCGAGCUCAUCGUGAAAGAGCCCCCGACACCCAUUGCUCCCCCGCAGCUGCUCCGCGCGGGCUCCACCUACCUGAUCAUCCAGCUCAACACCAACUCCAUCAUUGGUGACGGCCCCAUCGUGCGCAAGGAGAUCGAGUACCGCAUGACCUCGGGGCCCUGGUCGGAGGUGCACGCAGUCAACAUGCAGACCUACAAGCUCUGGCACCUGGAUCCCGACACGGAGUACGAGAUCAGCGUGUUACUCACUCGCCCCGGGGAAGGAGGCACGGGCAAGCCAGGGCCACCUCUCAUCAGCAGGACCAAGUGUGCAGAGCCCAUGAGAGCCCCCAAAGGCCUUGCUUUCUCUGAGAUCCAGUCCAGGCAGCUGACACUGCAGUGGGAACCGCUGGGCUACAACGUGACCCGAUGUCACACCUACACGGUCUCGCUGUGCUAUCGCUACUUCGUGGGCACCGGCCACAACCAGACCUUCCGGGAAUGCAUGAAGAUGGAGCGCAACGUGAACCGUUACACCAUCAAAAACCUGCUGCCCUACAAAAACAUCCACGUCAAGCUCAUCCUCUCCAACCCCGAGGGCCGCAAGGAGGGCAAAGAGAUGGUAUUCCAGACGGACGAGGAUGUCCCCGGAGGCAUCGCUUCGGAGUCUCUCACGUUCACCCCCCUGGAGGACAUGAUAUUUCUGAAAUGGGAGGAACCGGUGGAGCCCAACGGUCUCAUCACGCAGUACGAGAUUAGCUACCAGAGCAUCGAGUCCUCCGACCCGGCGGUCAACGUGCCUGGCCCGCGGCGUACCGUCUCCAAGCUGCGCAACGAGACCUACCACGUCUUCUCCAACCUGCACCCCGGCACCACCUACCUCUUCUCGGUGCGGGCCCGCACGGGGAAGGGCUUUGGCCAGACAGCGCUCACCGAGAUCACCACCAACAUAUCUGCUCCCACCUUCGACUACGGGGACAUGCCGUCGCCGCUGAGCGAGUCGGAGAGCACCAUCACGGUGCUGCUGAGGCCGGCGCAGGGCAGGGGGGCUCCCAUCAGCACCUACCAGGUCAUCGUGGAAGAAGACAGGCCCAAGAAGAUCAAGCGGGAGCUGGGCGGGCAGGAGUGCUUCCCCGUGCCGCUGACGUUCGAUGACGCCGUGUCCCGGGGCUCCGUGCACUACUUUGGGGCCGAGCUGCCUGCCAGCAGCCUCACCGAAGCCAAACCCUUCACCGUGGGGGACAACCAGACCUACAGCGGCUACUGGAACCCGCCGCUGAGAAGGACAGCGGAGGUCCGAAUAGGAGGCAAAAAUCCAGCGCUGACGCUGGGAGCCCCCGUCUGUCGUUUCCUUUCAGCACCCCUGGCCUGGGUGUCCAUUGCAGGCAAAACCUCGUGCCUGGGAGCCAGCGUCCCCCACCUUUCCUUCGGCAUGCCUGGUGGGAUGCCAGGGAAAGGAAACCCGGCUGAACUGCAUCCGGAUCGCCCGCAAAGGAGGAACUACUAUUCUUAUUCCUAUUACCCAAAACCCGUCAACAUGACCAAAGCCACGAUUAACUACCGCCACGAGAAGACGCACAUGAUGAGCGCCAUCGACAGGAGCUUCACGGACCAGAGCACGCUGCAGGAGGACGAGAGGCUCGGGCUCUCCUUCAUGGACGCGCACAACUACAGCAACCGGGUUGACCAGCGGAGCAGCGUGGUCAAUGAGUCCAGCAGCCUGCUCGGAGGCUCUCCCCGCCGGCAGUGUGGCCGCAAAGGGUCUCCAUAUCACACCGGGCAGCUCCAUCCUGCUGUGCGGGUGGCCGAUCUCCUCCAGCAUAUCAACCAGAUGAAGACAGCAGAGGGCUAUGGCUUCAAGCAGGAGUACGAGAGCUUCUUUGAAGGCUGGGAUGCUUCGAAGAAGAAAGACAAGACUAAAGGGAGACAGGAUCACGUGUCAACAUACGACCGCCACCGAGUCAAGCUCCAUCCGCUACUGGGAGAUCCCAAUUCGGAUUAUAUCAACGCCAACUACAUUGAUGGUUACCACAGGUCCAACCAUUUCAUAGCCACCCAAGGUCCCAAGCAGGAGAUGGUGUACGAUUUCUGGCGCAUGGUGUGGCAGGAGCACUGCUCCAGCAUCGUCAUGAUAACCAAGCUGGUGGAGGUGGGACGGGUGAAGUGCUCCAAAUAUUGGCCGGAUGACUCCGAGAUGUACGGGGACAUCAAGAUCACCUUGGUGAAGUCGGAGACGUUGGCGGAGUACGCUGUGCGGACGUUCACCCUGGAAAGGAGGGGCUACUCGGCCCGGCACGAGGUCAAGCAGUUCCACUUCACGUCGUGGCCCGAACACGGCGUCCCCUACCACGCCACGGGGCUGCUGGCCUUCAUCCGGCGGGGGACGGCGCUCACUCCCGCGGAUGCCGGAUGGAGUGGGAACCUGUUUGCUGUCUUCUGCCCUCCUUCGUCCCCAUCAAGCGCCGGCACGGGGAGAACGGGCUGCUACAUCGUCCUGGACGUUAUGUUGGACAUGGCUGAGUGCGAGGGCGUCGUGGACAUUUACAACUGCGUGAAGACCCUGUGCUCGCGGAGGAUCAACAUGAUACAGACAGAGGAGCAGUACGUCUUCAUUCACGAUGCCAUCCUGGAAGCCUGCCUGUGCGGGGAGACGAGCAUCCCGGCCAGCGAGUUCAAAGCCACCUACAAGGAGAUGGUCAGGAUAGAGCCGCAGAGCAACUCCUCGCAGCUGCGGGAGGAGUUUCAGACCCUCAACUCGGUGACUCCCCACCUGGACGUGGAGGAGUGCAGCAUCGCCCUGCUGCCCCGCAACCGGGAGAAGAACCGCAGCAUGGACGUCCUGCCGCCGGACCGAUGCCUUCCCUUCCUCAUCUCCGUGGACGGAGACAGCAACAACUACAUCAACGCGGCCUUAACCGAUAGCUACACCAAGAGCGCUGCCUUCAUCGUCACCCUGCACCCGCUGCAGAACACCACCACCGACUUCUGGCGGCUGGUGUACGACUACGGCUGCACCUCCAUCGUCAUGCUCAACCAGCUCAACCAGUCCAACUCUGCCUGGCCCUGUUUGCAGUACUGGCCUGAACCUGGACUCCAACAGUAUGGCCCGAUGGAAGUAGAAUAUGUUUCCGGAGCAGCUGAUGAGGACCUCGUGUCUCGUCUCUUCCGAGUCCAGAACAUCACACGGUUGCAGGAAGGGCACCUGAUGGUUCGGCAUUUCCAGUACCUACGGUGGUCGGCCUACCGAGACACCCCGGACUCCAAGAAGUCUUUCCUGCACCUCCUGGCCCAAGUGGAGAGGUGGCAGAAGGAGAGCGGCGAUGGGAGGACAGUUGUGCACUGCUUGAACGGGGGUGGUCGGAGCGGCACCUUCUGUGCCUCCACCAUGGUCCUGGAGAUGAUCAAGUGUCACAACAUGGCAGAUGUUUUCUAUGCUGCAAAGACCCUCCGCAACUACAAGCCAAAUAUGGUAGAGACCUUGGAACAAUACCAUUUCUGCUAUGACAUAGCACUGGAAUAUCUGGAGUCGCUGGAGACCAGAUAGCACCUUGCCAGGAGAGCGAAGGCAAGUGUUUGUUUAGGGUUUGUGCCAAACAUGCAUUUUGCACUUGGACGUCGAAUUCGUGCUGAAGGCGAGGAGGGGGAAAACCAGCAAAGGACCGAACGAAAAGCGAAAAUCAAAUGAAAAACAAAAGGCAGGACAUGGGGACGCGCCGGCCAUUCCCGAUCUUCAUCCUCUGCUCACCAUCUUCCUUUCCCUCCUCUCACCCUGAGCACACAUCGGAGCGGACGUGGGUCGGAUGCCAGGACUCAUCCCGUCACUGCAGGGGUGUCACUUUGCCAGCCAGGACUUGGGUCACGGCUGUGGGUUCGGUGCACGGGAGGAGCCAGCUGGGACACGCUUGGACACCUCUGAAGCUGAAGAGAAGGCCGAGGAGGGGAGGAAGAGACAGAAGGAUCCCAAGCCCGUUUCCCAACAAGGGCGUGAUGGAUGUUUGGAGAUGAGAGUUGUCUGUGAGUUGUACGUGGAGUCGAAGCUGCUCUUCAGAGGAGCCUGGAAGGAUGCUGGCAGGUUUUGCCCUUUGCAGGGCCAAGCUCUGAACUGGAGUAAAGACCCUAAAAGGAGCUUUCUGAAUUUCACCCUGUCCUAAUCAUGAGUUUGAUCUUCACUCUUUUAUUUCUGUGAGUUGCCACCCUUUGGGUAUCCAGCCCUGGAGAGAGAGGGGGGACGUAGGAUGCGAGGUUGGGGGACGGGACGAGGAGCGUGGCGCUGCCCGGGCUGGUGCUUGUUCGGGGAGCGUGGGGGGCCUGGGCACACACCAUCCCUCUGCGGGGACCACCACGGUCCCCUCUCGGUGUCCUUGCAGACCUUUUGAAAUGACGGUUUCCCUUUGGCUUGUCUGUUCCCAUGCAAUCUUCUACACCCGUAGCAAUUAAUUCCUCUUGCGGGAGGGUGAAAGUUGGCCGUCAGAGUUGGCUAUGGGAAUUCCUGCUCCUGUCAGCAGGUAAAGGCCGUUCCUUGCCUACAGGAUUAUUCAUCUGCAACCAGGCGUUUCAGGUGCUUUCAUUCCCCUGCCCUCGGGGAACUGCGUUGCCAUUGAGCAAUGCUGCUUUUCCUAAUGCUCCAAAUCCUUUCCGAAGCCUCCGCGGCCCUGGGGCCCAGGGUGCAGCGGUGCGGCCCCGGAGGCGCUGACCUGUGGGUCCGGUUUUAUUGCUUCCCCUGGGAAUUGCUGCUGCUGAGACACCUUCAGGGUCCAGGACCCAACGUCUCCAAAACCUGGCGUUGCAGUGGGAAAUUUGGGUCCUUCCCUUAUGUCUCCGGAGGGCCUCGCGCAGGCUGUUGGGAUGCUGUUUUUGCUUUUGCUGCGGGUUGCAAAGCCCGUUUUGGCUGAUGGUGGCGGUGCUGCAGAGCACGGCGGGGGGGGGGGGGUGGCAUCAGAGCUGGUGGCCGUGGAUUGCAGGGGUGUCUCCAAAGGUAGGUCCUAAGCUGGAAUGUAACCCCAGCAAAAUCCAUCAGUCAGGCCCUGCCUCCCGUGCUCAACCGAGGUAAAAUCGGAGUUAUUUCCUUGGAGCGCCAGGAUAAAACCUGCUGUCAGAGGUGUCAGGAUUAUUCCCAUGAUUAGCCGGGCGCUGGGGUGAAUCCGAACUCUUCAGGUGACGCCCUUCCUCUCCUGGAGGAGGUCGUCAGCUUUGAUGGAGGGAUUGGAGCUCCUCCAGAGAUCAGUGGGGCGACCUGGGGUUAAUCCUGGGAGCCGGCGCCGGGCUAAUCCCGGGGACGCUGCGGAGGCCAGCGAGGAAUGGCAGAGGGGCGAGCUGUGCCGAAACGCACUUUUCCCCUCUGAUAUCUUAGUAAUUAUGGGGUGCCGCGAUUCAAAGAGGCUGGACGACGCUUUGGAGGACGCCGUUUGGCCGGUCGAAUCCCGCGCGAAGCCAAAGCCGCUGCGCCUCGGCUGAGCUAACCCAGAGCAAAUUUCAGUCCUCCUUCCAGGCGGGGAGCAGCGCACCAAGAUACGUCUCCUCCCUCUCCCCAUUUUGGAGGAUUUAAUCAUAUGCAACCACUCACGUGUUAAACAUUUGCUACUCAAUACCGAGUUGGGAAUAAGCUCUGGUUUCCCAUUGCCCUUGGCUGGUUCCUGCCCCGGCUUUUGAGGCUGUUGAACCGUCCCAUGUCUGUCCCCACCGCCCCGUCGCAGCGGCAGGGACAUAUCCUGGGCAGAUGCUGCAGUGUGGAGGACCGUGGUCCAGAGCUGGCGUCUCUGUGUGCGGAGAAGUCAGUCGGGGUCAGCAGGGUGGGAUGAUGGUUAGUGCUAGGGUGGCCGCGAGCAGCGUCCGACCUUGUGCCUCGUGUUAAGGAGCCUGGAAAAAAAAUGCAAAAAUCUCCGCGGGUGGCGAUGGGGCUGUUGAUGGAUUUUGGUAGUGUUGAUUGAUUUUGCCCAGACACCUGGCUUUCCCGUGUCUUCGCUGAAUAAUUCACACUGGCCUAACAAUAACUUAUUCCAAGGGCUAUAAAACACAUUUCCAUUCGUUUCCUUUCCCGCCUUCCUGCCCUGACGCGUGCUCCCGCCGUCUCGCGCCCAAAUCGUCCCCUGGCCCCGCCAGCGCCUGCAGAGCUCUCCGGUUCCCCCAGCGCUUCCAGCAGCAUCAGUGCUUGCCUUGCAAGAACGAUUUUGAAUAAAUCAGUGCCCUUUUCCCAAAUCCCCUCCUUUCCGUGGACGUGUCCGUGCCGUCGCUGGGAUGCUGCGGGGUCCGUCCCGGGCUUGGAGGCAGGAGCGCUGCGGCCAGUGCGCCGGGUCCCGCGGGAAGCCCUGGAAGAGGGUCCGGUACCUCCCUGUGGAGAGGUAUAGAGAGGUAUAGAGGUAUAGAGAGGAGGCCCCAGGGUGCAGAAUUUGUAAUUUUUUGCUUGAAAAUGACCGAGUUGAACAUGCGAAUUUCCUGAGGACGGGAUGUCACACGCCACCGUUCAGACCGAGGGUUUAGGAUUGGUUUGGGGAUGGAGUUGCUUCUUCCCAGACCUGCUGGGAGCAUCCACUGUCGUGUGCGUGCAUCCUUCGCUCGGACCCAAGGGAGGGGAGGCAUCCUGCAGAGUGCUUUUGCACAUGUAUGUCUGCUGCUCACAGGUAAAAUGCUACCAGGAAAAAAAAAAAA